CGAUGCGACGGUGAUUUCUUGCAGUUUGUGCGCGGAAAGUGAAUGAGAUGGAAUUGCCGGAGAGCAAGCAGGAUGAGGCGGAAGAAGUUAAGAAGCGGACUUUCUGGAAGAUGAGCGCCGGGGAGAAGUUUAAACAUCUGAGGGAGGUGAUCACGGUGGAGCCGAUGCUCGCUUUAUACAUAAUCGCGACGGCGAUCUGCAUUACGUCUAUUUAUAGUCUGGAGAUUGAGAAAGGGUGCAAGGCCGAUGGAAAUUUCACGGACGAAGUUUGCGAUGCGAUCCUCGAAGGAAUGGUCAAAAACUACACGACGGAAUACAAGAAGGUUCAAGUGGUGAUCACGGAUAUGAAGACCUGGAAUACUCCGUUUCAGAGCGCCGUGCCUAUCAUCUUAGUGAUCUUCUUGGGAUCCUACAGCGAUCGUCACAAGGUGCGGAAACCCUUGAUGAUCAUCCCGAUUAUCGGAGAAGUCUUCGCUUGCAUCAGUCUCCUAAUAAGCGUCUUCUUCAUGCGGGAACUACCGCUUUGGGUGAACGGUAUUUGCCAGACUGUAAUCCCUUCAUUCUUCGGUGGUCAACCGAUCCUGAUCAUGGCUCUUUACACGUACAUAGCUGAUAUAAGCACGAUGGAAAUGCGUACCGUGAGGAUCGGUAUUGUUCAAAUUGUUUUGAGCGUGAGCGUGCCCUUGGCCCAAUCUCUCAGCGGAAUUCUCUACGAAUUUGUAGGAUACUACGGGGUCUUCACUUUGGCCCUGAUUCUGUACGCCUGUGCCGUUCUCUACGGAAUAUUUUUCAUCAAAGAAAAGAGGGAAUCCAAACUUGAAUUCAAGAAGGACUGCCUCGUCGAUAUGUUCAAUCCCACGCACGUUCUGCAAACGUUAAAUUUACUCGUGAAGAAGAGUCCGAACUUUAACAGAACCAACAUCAUUUUGCUGAUGACCGUCUCGUUUUUGAUCAGCGGAUAUUUAAGCGGCGAAGGGUCUUUAGCUAAUCUGUACUUCCUCGAAACCUUCAGCUUGACCUCUGUUGGUUUCGGAUACUUCCUUACCGUUAAUUUUUGCGUACAUUUAGCAGGUGUUAUUGUUGGAGUUCCUUUAUUUACGAAACUAUUGAAAUUCACCGACUACGGCAUCAUAAUCUUUAGCAUAGUCGAUAAGAUGAUCACUGUGGUGAUAUACGCUUUGGUGAAGACGAUGACCGCAAUUUACAUCGGCACAGCCGUGAGCUUCUUCAUAAGCUUGUACGUCGUAGGAAUGAGAUCCUUAGCAACAAAAGUCGUCACCGACGAUGAUUUAGGUAAAGCCCAAUCGCUCUUCACGUUGUGCGAAACCUUAGGUGCUGUCAUCAUCUUACCGAUCUUCACGAAGUCCUACCAAUACACGCUAGAGUAUUUCCCAGCGUCCUUUUUCUUAAUGGGAUUCUGCAUGUACUUAGUGUGUCUGGUAAUUAUAAUCUUUAUGUAUAUAAUGAAUAGAAAGGAAAGCGCAGCCCCGAAGGACGAGGAAAAGUCUAAUCAAAUGCAAAUGUCCGAAAACGUCGGAAAAGGAUACGAGAACAGCGGCCUCGAAUUAGACGAAAAUAAUAUGACGCACAUAUAAAGGAAAUGAAUGUAAAUUGUGUACAUAUGUAUUUAAAUGGUAAUUUUAAACUGUUACUUAAUGUAAAUUAUAUGGAAAUGAAUUACCUAGAUUUAAGUUUUAAAUAACAAAUGUAUGGUAUUAAUGAUGGUGCAACGAAGAAGGUGGAUUUAUUUGAUUUAUUAGUUCUCAGUUAACACAAUACGUCAAUUAAUUUAUUCAUCGUUUAAAAAUAAAACACGUAAAGUGAUAUUAAUACAAUAAUUAAUAAUCGUAUGUAUAUAUAAAAAAGUCUUAUGUGUAAAUAUAAUCAAAUUUGAGCAAAAAACGUACAAAUUUACAACCACAAAUCACAACUAUUUUUUCUUCCUUUCUCGUUAGUAUAUUCAUCCGAGAUGAAUCCU